UCAUUUUCCUGCCAAGUCAUUUAUAUUCAUUUUAGCUUCUCAUAAAGAGAGGAACAAAAAUACACAUAACUCUUCAUUGCAUAUACUUGCCAUGGAACACAAAAUCAAGACUUUCCUUUUAGUCAUCCUCUUGGUUUUCAUUCAUUUUCCUUUAUCUUCAGGAUUGGCUGAAGGAUUCAGAGAAAAUAUGCAUCCUACUACUAAUAACUUUCUUUACAAGGAUGAUAUAAAGAUGAACUCGAGGAAGCUAUUGUCUCAUGCUUUUGUGUUGGAUUAUGAUGAAGCAGGACCCAACCCAAAGCAUUCAAAGAAACCUGGCAAGGGUCGUUAAACACCUUAACAACUAAUUACUAAUCAUAUUCAUAUAAUAAUAUAAUAAAACUAUAUACUAGUAUAAUAUUAUGUCUUUCCCCUCAAAAUGUUUUGUUCAUGUAAGAGGAGACAUGGUAUGAUUAUUAUAUAGACAAUCGAGUUAGUUUCUUCACCGGAGCCACUACUUGUGUGUAUUGUAACUUAUGAGGUAUUAAAUAAAUAAAGUAUGGACAAUUAGACCAUUA